GGGUGUUCCAGUGGAUGGGAAAGGACGAGUGUCACUUCAUCAACGGCACCGAGCGGGUGAGGUACGUGCAAAGGUACAUCUACAACAGGGAGCAGUACAUGCACUUCGACAGCGAUGUCGGGGUGUUUGUGGGGGACACCACGUUUGGGGAGAUCCAGGCCAGGUACGUGAACAGCCAACCAGACAUCCUGGAGAGGUUUCAGGCUGAGGUGGACAGGUACUGCCGGCACAACUACAGGAUCGUCACCCCGUUCAGCGUGGAGAGGAGAGUGCCCCCCCGCGUCUCCACCCCGCUGGGGCCACCGAGCUCCCGCCCCUCAGCCAAUCCCAGCGCGUGUCUCUGAUGACGCUCCAGUUGCCAGGCAGACCCAAAGCAAACACUUCCCUCACCACCACUCAGCCUCCCAGGCCCGAGC